AUGCUGUUGCUAGCUCCACCUUUGUAUGCAAAGUUAUUUCCAAAACUUGUCCACAAUAUUCACCCAAAAUGUGCACCAUCUUACUUGUAUUACAAACAUAUGCAAGUUUUACAAACAAGAAUAAGUAUUAUAAACACCCAAAACCAUAGAAGUAGAAGCCCAUUGCAAAUUGUCAAUGUGAAGCCCGGAAAUGGAGGAGAAGGGAGAAUUAUGAUGUCUGGUGACGCGGUUAAGCAACCGAGUGAAGUCUAUUGGGGUAGGAAAUGGAAAGAGUUUGACAUGUUGGCAGCAGGAGCAAUGUUGGCGUUGCAUGUACUAUGCUGUUUUGCACCCUUUACAUUCAACUGGGCAGCAUUAAAGGUGACGAUUGGGUUGGAUUUUCUUAGUCGUCUUCUAGGAAUAAAUCUGUCCUUCCACAGGCACUUGUCGCACUAUAGCUUCAUAAUCCCCAAAUGGCUUGAGUACACAUUUGCUUAUUGUGGGCUUCAUGCUCUUCAGGGGAAUCCAAUAGAUUGGGUGAGUACACAUCGGUAUCAUCAUCAAUAUUGUGACACCGACAGAGAUCCACAUAGCCCGACCAAAGGAUUCUGGUUUAGUCACAUUAUCUGGUUGUUUGAUACAAAGAACAUUCAAAAAACGCGUCUAGAGCCGGAUAAUGUCAAAGAUUUGGAGAAACAAUCAUUUUAUAGAUUCUUAAGAAGAAGUUACAUGGCACAUCCAAUAGCACUAGCCCUCCUCCUUUAUGCACUUGGAGGAUUUCCAUUUGUUGUGUGGGGAAUGGGGGUGAGGAUAGUGUGGGGAUAUCAUAUUACAUGGCUAGUGAACUCAGUUUGUCACGGUCGGGGAGAUCAAGCAUGGUACACAGGGGAUCUUUCUCUCAACAACGCGUGGGUAGGAGUAAUAGGAUUGGGAGACGGAUGGCACAACAACCAUCAUGCCUUCAAAUACUCAGCAAGACAUGGGCUAGAAUGGUGGCAAAUCGAUAUCACAUAUUAUGUAAUUCGGCUUCUUGAGAUUAUUGGACUCGCUGCUAAAGUUAAGCUGCCGACUUCGAUUGAUAUUCAGAGAAGGACAAUUCAUACCAAUUCAAUUCAAUCUCUGUAG